AUGGGAGGCGUCGACCUUUUGAACUCCGUCAUCUCCAUUUACCGUCCCUACCUAAAGUCGAAAAGUUAUUUUUGUGUUUUUCUCCACAUCCUUGACUUGACAGCUGCAAAUGCUUGGUUGCUUUACAAGAGGAACAUCAUGAAAAAACGCGAUCAGCACACUGAAAGGCUACUUCCGUUGGCUGAGUUCAAGAUGGACUUGGCUGCAUCACUCUGCAAGGCUGGGAAGACGGCGCUGAAAAAGCGAGGAAGGCCUAGCAAUGAGUCAAUAGAACAAGCCUGUGAUGAGAAGAAAAAGGGACCAUCAACUCCAACUCAGGAUGCCUGGCUAGAGAUCAUUGCUAAUUGGGUUCAGUGCUAAUUGGUUCACUGGGUUCUUUGGAGCAAGAAGCGGCAGCGCUGCAAGCUUCCUGGCUGCAUAGGAAUCUCCAUGAGCUACUGUGUUAAGUGUGGAGUGCAUCUCUGUUCCACAAACAAGACCAAUUGCUUUUUUGUGUACCACACUACAAAAUGA